GAAAAAUGCUUUUCCCUCUCUAUCUCGUUCUGUGCUGAAAACUUUGGCGGCAAUAAAAGAGGAAUUCAAAUCAAAAUCAAAACCCUACCGGCGCCCCCUCCAAAUUUUACAUUUCUCUUCCCUCCAUACUCUCUCUCUCUCUCUCUCUCUCUCUCUGGGGGAAGUUGCUUCAGGGGGGAUUACUAGGGUGAAUUGAUGCCGGCGACCAGGCUUCAUUAGGUUGUGUGGAGGUACUUUUUUGGUAUUUGAUUGGAUUCUAGUGUGUUUACCUCACAGGUCCAGUGAUUGGAAGCUGGAGGGUGGUUGAUGUCUCCUGGAUUCUCGAAUACGUUCCAGAAAGCAAGUUUUUGAUGAUUUGUGGCAUCAGAGAGCAGUUAUUUGGUUCUGCAAAAAGGGAACAGUGCUGCUUGCAGCGAAGAUAGAUUGCGCACUACUAGUGAUGGGAAAAGUUUCUCCAAAAGAUGGGCACUCUAACACUCCGAGACGACGAAGGCGGUUGAGGAGUUCAAGUAGCAGGUACCUGAAACCUGGCGCUCUUGCUAAGCUGCGAUACAGCAAAGCAUCGGUGACCAAGUCAUGUACUGAUCUCGGAAGAAAGAGGGUUGCUGUGUUUGACACAGACAAGACAGACGCCCUCGACAAUCUUUCCCUAGGAAAUAAGGUGGCUGCUCAUGACAAUAGUCCGUUGUUACUGUCGCCCAUGGAUUUGUUCAAACAUAAUCGCUUCGAGAGGACACCUAAGACGCCUCGUGUUGAAGAUUGUGAAUCUGAGUCGAGGCUGGAGUCUCUUCCCAUGGAUCUGUUGGUUAAUGUCCUGUGUCACCUUCAUCAUGACCAGCUAAGGCCUGUUUUCCAUGUUUCUCGGAAGAUUCGAAAAGCUGUUGUGAUUGCCAGGCAAUUCCAUUUCAAUUAUACCACCCCAGAUCGUUCCAGGCAGGAGAUGCUGAGAACAAUGACACCGCUCCCCGCAGAGCACUACCCUUUUGUUGGAAAGGGAGAUGGAAAGAGUGCCUUACUGCCAAGCCCCCAUACUCCUAAAGCACCAAGGCAAGGUCCCAGGCCACCUUCUCGCCUUAAAAUCACAGAGAUGAAGCAAAUUGCAGCCGUUCUGUUCCAGGAUUCUGCUUUGCCCCCGAGAUGUGUGGUUCCUUCUACUAUGUCCAAACCGCUAUGCAAGUCUUUGGCUUCUAAUCGUGUUCUCUUCUAUGAGGAUGAGUUAUGCCAGGCUGUUGCUCAAAAUAAGCUUCGCUAGUAGUCCAGUCUUUUUCUACAACUCUGGUUUCCUCCUUGUGUAUAGUUUGAUCUCUCUAAACUCUUUAGCUAGUUAUAGUCAGGAAAGGAAAGUUACCAGUUUUCCGAUGUGCGAAAACAGUAGUAGGGGUAGCGUUCGUUAGUUGAUCAUAGUUGCCAUAGGAAUUCAAAGAUUUUGGUGAUCCGGAGGGUGGGAUGCGAUAAUAGGGGUUUGAAACUAGUUAGUAACUUGUAAAUAUUUUCAUCUAUAGAAUAUAUAUUUAGAGAAAGGCAGUUGGGUUGGUCAUAUGAACAACUAGU